AUGUCAAUCGAAUCGACUUUAUUAACAAAGAAGAGUUUUAAAAAUAUUCAAAAUCAACAUAAAUUUGAAAAUAUAAUAGAAUCUUCAAAUGAUGAUGAAAAAUUAUUAUCAAAAAAAGAAAUUGAAUUUCUUUCAUUCAAUCCUCCAAAUGUUAAUAUUCCAUUAACAUCACAAAAAUCUAGAUUUAAUAAAGAAAUACAAUCACAAGCAUCUAACCGUGAACAACAUCUUUCACCAUUAUCACCAGUUAUCGUUCAAGAACAACAACUAUCAGUGGUACCAAGAUAUGUUCGUGAUGAACAACAAUCAUUGUCAUCAAAAGUUCCAAUCGAACAUUUAAUUAUUAACACAAAUAAAAUAGACACUCUAUCUUCCGUAAUCCGUUUUGAACAGCCAUUAUCUCCAUCUUUUUCACAACUAAUUCCAGAUCCUAUUAUUAAUGAUAAACAGACACCAAACAGAAUUUUUAAUGAAAAAAAUUCUAUACAUUUUACAUAUCCGUCUCAACUUAAUACAAUAACACCUAUUGAUUCUUCAUUAAAAACAAAUUCCGAUUCUAUCCAUGAUGAUUUAUCAUCAUCAAAUAAUAUACAUUACUAUCAAAUCAGUACUAUAUUCACUUCAAUAAGCACAUUUAUUAUGCAUCAAAAUGAAGUUAUUGGUCAGACACCUAUUUCUGAUCGUUUUCUUUCAGACACGAUUUUCAUUAUUUUAAUUACAACUCUUACAAUUAUUAUUUUAUUCUUUUGUUUGGGUCUCUUUUGUUUAUGUCGUCGUACAAAUAAACGUAAUAUAUCACCAUCAUUUGAUGGUGCUAGUUAUAUAGGAUUAAAUGAACAUUCAUUAGAUAUACCAAUGGAUAAUUAUCAACAACAAAUAUCUAAAUAUGAAAAUGAUAUUUCUUAUAUAAAUGAUAUUCCAUCAUCAUUGAUGCAAACAAAAUCAUCAAUCAAUCAUCCAUCAUUGAUAAAUAAUGAUAGAAUUUCUUUACAUAAUACAAUAAAACAUAAAUCUAAAAUAAACGAAAAAAAAUUAAAAAAAAAACGACUUGGUAAUUGUUGUUGUUGUUAUAAUUCAAAAAAACAAUCUUUAUCAACAAAAAUUAAUGAACGAAAUCGAAUGAGAAGAAACGAAAUAUAA